GAAUGCUCCUCACAAAUGGCUGCAAUGGGGCAGAAUUCAUUCAGUGAAUCUCACUGGUCACCUCUCUGCUCUGAAGUCUUCAGGUGAGCACAUGCACAACAGACCAAGGUAACCAAAAUGGAAAGGCCAGGGAAAUGGCAGAGCAUGUCAUAUAUCUGUCAUCAGCUAGUAACUUAAAGAUUGAUGGAUUGGAGGAGAAGCUGGCACGCUGCAGACAGAGCAUGGAAGAGGUGGAUCUUAAGCUACGCAGGGAGAAGCUCAGCCCUGAAGGAAGAAAGUCACUGGAGAGAGAGCGAAACUUACUAAUGACCAAAGCUGACAACUAUGAGAAAGAACUGAGUGUGCUUCGUAAGGAAAAUCGCAAGAACGCUGCCCUUGCUGUGGCCAUGGCAUUGCUGAUUGCUCUUAUUUACACCUGCUGGACGAUGUGAUUGCACUCAAGAAUUCUCCCUGCUGAACAAAUGACUCCUGCAAGGAGCUCUUCCUCCUCUCACCAUUGUGCCUCCCCCAAGGGUGAGGAUCAGCAUUUCAAAUUACUGUUCUUGUUUACUGUCUCCAAGCCUCGUUAUAGGGAGCAUUUUUCUCUGCAAAUUGAGGACGGGAGACAAACCAGAAAACACAGCACACUUGUGCUUGGAAAUCAGGUCAAGCAGAGCUCAAGGUGGUGCCACCUUAGCCAAAACAGUCAGGACCAUCCAGCCUGAUCCAGGAAGGCAGUACAUUCUCCCUUGUGAAGAGGACUUUUGUGAUUGCAGACAGGUGCUUUCUGCCCAGCCCAGUUGGACUUUCUGCCCACACCAGGUGGCUCCUGUGACACAGUCACAAACUGAAGGGACCAAGCUUUUGGUUCAAAGGAUAAUCUGUAGGUACUGCGAUUCUUUAUGUUCCCAGAACUGAGCGAAGGAUGCUUCCUCCUCCACCCUGACUUCCAGGACCAAAGGAAUCCUACCUCCACAAAAGCAGAUGGGAUGUAGGUAUCUCUGCAAGCAGGCAGCAUUCACAUUAAGAUCUGGGUGCUUGGGCUGUGAGCUGAUCUGCCUGUCCCUCCAGUGCAUCAGAGCUUGGUAGCUAUUUUGUGCCUUUGAGAAUCAGCAUUUGCAGAAGACCGUGUACUAUCAACCCCCAGAGAUGGAAAUGCUUCUGUAGAGCUUUAAAUAAAAUAAUUUGACCUUUUAAUUUCCUGUUAUGUUUAUUUGGUUGGGGUUUUUUUCUGGUUCUGUUCUGUUUCUCAGCCACUGCUUUAUUCUCAUCCUGCUAUCUCCCUGCUGGCACACAUUGCACUAUGGUAAGCCUAGACUAGAUUAGGCAUUUAACCCCCUGGUCAGUGAGCUCUCAACAGUGGGUUACUGGUUUGUUGUGGCCUGGAGUGUGCUUCAAGUGGAACAGGAGCCUUCCCAUGCUGCAGGAGUGCCAGAUACUGUCCCCUGUAAUUGCCUCUCAUUCCAAUGAUCUAAACUUGCCACAAAAACCUUUAAAAGGGACUGCCUUGAAAAUUUAA